UUUAAAAUUAUCUUCUAAUGUCCUCUUUUACAGAUCGAGUGUCUGUUCAAAUCAGUCCACCAACCGCUGUCCCGUCUCUCAACCACCCGCUGGAUCUGACCUGCCGUGGUGCUCCAGCAGGUGACUCUUCCCCGCUGGUGAACCAGGUGAUCUGGUACAAAGAUGGACGGAGGCUGACUCUGCAGGAAAACAUGCAGCUGCUGCAAAACAACCUGACACUUCACUUUGACUCGCCGCUGCCUGCUGAUGCUGGAUUCUACCUGUGUGAGACUCGUGCGCCGAGAGUUUUCAGCCUGGGUUUUCUACUCAGCUUUGAUCCUUGGAACGUGAGCAUCAGCGGACCCGACGCUGUCUUUCCUGGCAGAUUGAGUAAAUUCACCUGCUUGACGAGCUGUACUUUAAACGUGGAUUGUACGGUCAGAUGGCAGUUCAGACAGGGUUUCCCCAUCGGCAGCUUCUUUUCAGUCCAUGAAAAUGAGCUCAGGUGGACCCCGUCCAUACCGGGUACUUCCCAAAACUUCACCUGUGUUGCGGAAAACGCAGCUGCUGGACACUCGUCUGAGGCCACCAAGUUGGUGGAAGUUUUAGGGAUUCCUCUCUCUGGAUCGCAGUCGGUGCAGCUAGAUGGACUCUCAGCAAUGAUUGUCAGCCUGGGAUUCCUGCUUUUUGAUUCACGGAGCUGUUUACCCUUUUAGAGUGUAUAUUGUGUACUGAGAGUGUUGCCCUUUUGGAAAAGCAACAAAAGACACAGUUAUUUUUUGCAAUUAAGUCAUUCUAAUUUUGACCCAUUGCACAAAUUCCGUAUUUUUGGAAGCUACGGGAACAUAGUUGCUCACAUUUGUAACUCUGGGUUUCAAUACUCAACUCAUGCCUGUCGCAAUUCUGUGUUAUUUCUUCAACCUCAGUUCUUUCUGCAGCUGUCUAAAGAUUAACUGACUCCCUUUGCUUUUAACACAUCAAAGUUAGUGACUCCGGAAAGUCCCUCAUGACCCCCCCUGAAGCUGAACAAAUGAGACAGAUAAGAGAAUCAGCUAGGACUCAGGAAUGUGCUUUUAUAUUCCAUAUCAUCCGUCCUUUUUGUUUUGUCUCACCUGUUUCAAAUCAUGUUGGCCUCGUGGUUUAGUUGCAAAAACUAGAAAACUACUUAAAAUGCUGUUUUCUAUCAAUGCUGUUUACAUUACAUUACAUUACAGGUCAUUUGGCAGACGCUUUUAUCCAAAGCGACUUACAUUACACUUUAAACCCAUGGCUUUUUACAUUUUUGCCCAGGGAGCAAUUAGGGGUUAGGUGUCUUGCUCAGGGACACUUCGACUUGAGACAUGGGGCAGCCGGGACUCGCUCCACCCCCUGCGCCACGACGACCCCAGCUCGCUAAAUAAACAAAACGUAUUUCCUUUGCAAUUACUUUUGAGGCUUUUUCCUGUGUUUCCUUUACUUACCUCUCCUCUUCUGUUUUGGUCAUGAACUGCUGUUUGCUUUCCAAAAGGUGGUGCUGUGCUUUUAGUUACAUAACAACAAAUGAUAUUACAUUUGAAUAUACUGUAAUUCCCAAACGUAUUCCUCAACGUGAACAACAAUAGCUAAGAGUCGCUCAAGGUUAUUGGGCAUCAAUCAGCAAACAAUUACUCAUGUAAUAAUUAUUAAAAUUAAUGAAAUGUAAUAGAAGGAUGGUUUAUAAUUAAGCGUGUAACCUUACACUUCUACCCUUAAACUCUAAUUCACCCAGGAAGGGUACUGAUUAUUCAUGCCAUCAACACAUCACGCACCAGUCAGCUUCUCUGGAAAUGUGGCACCUCUGGUCAGGGUGUUGGAUUACAACAUGACGACGUCAACACAACAUGACGGCAUCAACACAGCAAAUGAAUAAGACUGUCACACUGAGGCUGUAACGAAGGAAAUAAACCCUCCUGAUGUGACAUGGAAGCAUCAUUCAAAAUACAACCUUUGGAUGCCGGGAAAUAAUCCUCAGGCAGUUUGGACUAAAAUACGAUGUAAUAAUUCCGUAACCAGUGAUGGAAAAAUGAAGUUCUAUAUUACACUUUAUGCUGUAGUAGAAAUAUUGUGCCUUUUUCUCCAUUUAUUUGACAGCUAAAGGUACUUUUGGGGAUUUGGUUACUAAAACAACUUGUAAUAAUAAACAUUCUUAACUAUCAAACCA